CUCCCUUGUUUGUAUAUGAUAUAUAUAUCAAAAAUUUCUGGUCCGUGGGAUCAUAUCUUCCAGAUAUAAUAUAUUCAUUUGAACCAUUUUUUUUUCUCAUUUCGCAUUUUAGAUAUAUAAAUAUAUGUCUAAACCGUUGAAUUAUAAGUAUUGUUCCACCACCCUCAGUUUUUCUUUUGUACUAUCCAAUCCACAGCGGAAAUGAAUAAUUUUAAAGAUAUUGUUCCAUCAUCCUUAGCCGACAGAGAAAGUCAUCACUAUCAACUCUACGAAUAUGCCACCGUUUUUUUUUGUACACCUAACCCUAAAUAACGUGCGUACAUCAUUUCACAGUGUUGAAAACUGUUUAAAUAUAUGCUCUGGUCAUAUUUACUUGAAAACGUGACACCAACUAGGCCUCUAAAUUAUCAUUUCUAUAUGUAGUAUACAAUAUAUAUAGUGUAAAAGAAACUAUAAAUAUCCAUCACAAACACACCAGAGAGUCAUCUCACAAUAAUUAUAGUUGAUAUUUUUUACAAGACAUACAACACAAAAAUCAUUAAAAUGUUUCGUAAGGUCUCUAUAGAAGCAUUGGUUCUCCUACUUCUCACCAUCUACUUGACCCAAAUUGAUGUUUCUUUCGCACAAUAUUAUCAGUAUCCGCAGUCCCAUGACUCUCCUGACAGCUACCUCAGACCACACAACGUAGCCCGAGCCAUGGUCAGAGUCAAGCCUCUAAGAUGGGACUUUGGCCUAGCCACUGUGGCUCAGGAAUACGCAAAUCAACUAGCAUCCGGUCCAUGCAGCCUCGAGCAUUCCUCUGGACCAUAUGGAGAGAACCUUGCAAUGGGAAGUGGAGACAUGUCACCGGCUCAGGCUGUUGCAAUGUGGAUAAAUGAAAAGUCGUAUUAUGAUUAUUACUCAAACUCGUGCCACGAUUCGGCUUGUGGACACUACACGCAGGUCGUGUGGCGUGGAUCUGCUCGGCUCGGUUGUGGUAAGGGUGUGUGUGGUAAUGGUGCAAGUAUUAUUGUGUGUAACUAUGACCCCGCAGGCAAUUAUAUUGGGACUAAACCAUAUUGAUUUCAAAUUCAAUUGAUGAAUGUGUGUAAAGAUUAUUGUGUAACUUUUUACCGUACUCAAGUGCAUGACAAGAUAUAUUUGUUUUUCUCUGA